AUGGCUGCCAAACCCAGAGACUGUUCGCAAAUGUCUGCCAGCCCGGAGACUGUUCCCAAACUAGCUGCCAAUGCAGAGACAGUCUCCAGUCCAAGCUGUGAGAGUGGAAGAAUAAGAAACAAGCAGGGGGAAGGAAAAUGCAUGAGCAAAGAACAGUGCUUUGAACAUUUUGACCAGACACAUGGCUCUACAUUUGUGACAUGGCAGAAGAUUCUGAUGAGGUCAGAGCUUUGCAACAGUGGUGAUUGUGUGGAAAAGCUGUGUCCAGCUUUGAGGGGCUCAAGAGGGACCUCCCAUUUGUCAUUGCUUGGGUUCUCCAUCCCAGCUCACAGAGGUUCCUCCCUCUUCUGGGUCAUGAUGAGGCUUCACUCUACGCUGGGCACUUGGCUCUUCACACUCCUAGUGAUGCCAGUCUACUGCCAGAGUGGUGAUAAUGGAGAGUGGGGAUCAGGUGACGUCUCUGGGACUGUGGUCACUGGCAACUCCUCCACUUCAAUCUUCCAUGCAGUGGGGGAUGAGCCAGACAGGACCAGGCCAGUUUUUCAGAGCCUGUCAGAGACAGAAGGCGGUGACUGUUAUGUCAACUUUCACACCAGCCAAGUCAUGUCAAGGCGCUUACGAGCUUUCAGAGAGGAAGUUGUUUAUCUAAAGGCCCUUCAACAUGGGAACCAGGCAGUGAUGGAGAAUCUGGUCCAGUUUGUUGGAGCAGAGAUGGGAGAUCAACGCUACGAGGAGGUGAUCCAAGAGAACAUUGUUGGUAUCAGAGAGGAUCACAUGAGCUGUGAGAGCGUGGUGACAAAAGCAGCAGAGGAGCUGGAGAGUCAGCUGGAGGGAGAUGCUCAAUCCACUUUGGCUGGAAUUCAGAAGUGAGAUGAGUUGAAUCAUAAUAAGACAGUCAUAUGCUCUUGUCUUCGACAAUUUAAGAUGCUAAGGCAACAAACCUGAAUGAUAAAAAGGAGGGAGGAAAGUCUAACACGUGCAAAAUAUUUAGUAUCAAAAUUGUACAAUUUGCUGUUUACACAUGAGAAAUGGUGAUGGAAGAUCAGAGGUGAAAAUGUCUAAAUACAUACUGUGCAUCACAAAUAAAUAAAUAAAUAAAACUACAGAAUUGCAUUAAUUUGACCAAAAUUACAGUUCAAA